AUGAGAGAAAAGUCACGGCCUGACGACAAGUCAAGUACUAGCGCAAGAUCUUUGGCCAGCAGAUCAUCGUUCAGGUCAUCGUUCUCAACGUCAUCUCUGUUCACGACGAAAACUAUAGAGGAGGAUCGUAUGACCUUGGACCGGCCCAUAGCAGAGGAACCUAUAAGGGAAGAAGUCAGCUGCGAUGGAAACAACUUGAACGAAAACCCCGCCGACGAAGAGUUUAUGCAACAAGCGAAUCAUGAAGCGCCUGAUGAGCGUCAAAUCGGGGUCGCCAAAGACUUCCAAAAGUCCUCUUCCACAGCGGAGGUCCAGCCUCACCCGAAAUGGUUCAAAAGGAUGACGUCUCCUUGGUGUAAUCACUGGAAAUGCGAGAGGUUAUGGGAGGACAUACGAGACGGACGCGAAGUAGACGGGAACAAGAAGCAAGCUUACAUGUCUCUUCUCCUGUCCUGUAAGCGGAUAUACGACGAAAGCAUAGAGUCCUUUAGGGAAGCCAAAACCCUAACAAUAACCGACGGUCAAACCCUCCACCGCAUUCUCCGCUGGCCCCGCCCCAGGUACCUCCAUCAAGCUCGCCGCCUCAACAUCUCCCUCCGCCACGACAGCGGCAACUUUCUUUACCUCAACGGCGCCUCCAUGUGGCACAUACUCUCCGAGCAGGAAUCGUGCCAGGCGGAGAGCAUCUACCUCUGGCUCGACGCCGACUGCCCCGUCACACGUCGCCUGCUGCCCGAGUUCCGCGAGCUGUACAACUGUGUACCGCCAUCCGUCGCGGCCCGCUUGACUAUUGAUUUCCCCUGUGACGCCGAAGACGGGUUCUGGGCGUGGGAGGACGGGGUGGAGGUUGAAUCGCGGGAGGGCGGUGGACAGCUGGAGAGGUUGGGUCCGCUGGUGCCUGAGUUCCGGGUCGUUGCGAGGGGGCGGCAAAGGUUUAAUGAGACUUCGGCCGGAUAUCUUAUUGAGAACCCUGAGCAGGAUGGAUCUAGCUCAUUGCCCGAAGUGAACGAGAACUGCGAUCUAGUCCCAGAUUUCAACGCCAUCUUUUAA